AUGGACGUCAACUCUGUGCUCCUGAACACCUUCUCCACAGAUGCCUCUAUUCGAGGCACUGCUGAAGCACAACUCACACAAGCUGCUGAGACCAAUUUUUCCGGAUACCUUACCACCCUCGUCCAGGAGCUCGCAAACGAGGAAGCCCAAGGGCCCGUUCGAGCCGCGGCUGGUAUUGCGCUCAAGAACGCUUUUACCGCACGCGAAUAUGCUAGAAUAUCCGAGCUCGCAGAGAAAUGGAUCCAACUGGACCCUGAUACGAAGACGCGCGUGAAGGAGCUGACGCUGCAAGCGCUCGCCUCGAACAACGCACAGGCUGGUGCUGCGAGUGCGCAAGUCGUCGCGUCGAUAGCCGCUAUUGAGCUGCCUCGCAAUCAAUGGCCGGAGCUGAUGUCCACUUUGGUACGCAAUGUUGGCGAGGGCAACGACUAUCUCAAGCAGACUUCCUUGACGACUAUCGGCUUCAUCUGCGAGAGUCAAGAUGGAGAUCUACGCUCCAGUCUCGUGCAGCACUCUAAUGCUAUCCUCACUGCUGUUGUGCAAGGUGCUCGCAAGGAGGAGCCAAACCCAGAAGUCCGUCUGGCUGCCAUUUACGCGCUUGGUGACUCGCUGGAGUUCGUGGACAGCAAUUUCAAAAAUGAAGGCGAGCGAAACUAUAUUAUGCAAGUUAUCUGCGAGGCCACACAGGCUCCGGACUCGCGGAUACAGCAGGGUGCUUUUGGAUGCCUCAAUAGGAUUAUGGCUCUGUACUACGAGCUGAUGCGGUUUUACAUGGAGAAGGCUCUCUUUGGUCUCACAAUUAUGGGCAUGAAGAGCGAUGAGGAGGACGUUGCCAAGCUUGCGGUUGAGUUCUGGAGCACUGUUGCUGAGGAGGAAAUUUCCCUCGAGGAUGAUAACGCACAAAUUGAGAAUGUCGACCAGAUGCGGGAGAUUUUCCACUUUUGCGCUGUUGCGACAAGCGAGGUUGUUCCGGUCUUACUCCAGCUUUUGACGAAGCAAGACGAGGAUGCGGCUGAUGAUGAAUACAACAUCUCGAGAGCUGCGUAUCAAUGUCUUCAGCUUUAUGCUCAGGCUGUUGGUGGUACAGUGGUUCAGCCAGUGCUUUCAUUUGUUGAGACCAACCUGCGACACGAAGAUUGGCACCACAGAGAUGCUGCUGUCUCCGCGUUUGGCGCCAUUAUGGAAGGUCCGGAAGAGAAGGUCAUUGCGCCAAUCGUAAAGCAGGCUCUUCCAGUUGUUAUUAAGAUGAUGGAUGACCCUGUCAUUCACGUCAAGGAUUCUACGGCUUACGCUCUUGGACGUAUCACCGAGGCAUGCUCAGAGGCCAUCGACCCGGAGCUGCACCUUCCUGUACUGAUCAAGUCUCUCUUCGAUGGCUUGGUCAGCAGUCCCAAGAUGGCUGGAUCUUGCUGCUGGGCUUUGAUGAACCUUGCCGAGCGUUUCUCUGGUGACAUCGGCUGCCAACAAAACCCACUCACCGUCCACUUCAACGAGAGCAUCACACACCUUCUGCAAGUUACCGAGCGACCGGACGCGGAUAAUCAACUGCGAACUGCUGCCUACGAGGUACUGAACACGUUCGUCCAAAAUGCGGCCAACGACAGCUUGUCAGCUGUUGCCUCCCUCUCUGAGAUCAUUCUCAAGCGGUUGGAGGGCACAAUCCCCCUUCAAUCACAAGUUGUUAGCGUUGAGGACAAGAUUACUCUCGAGGAGAUGCAAACCAGCUUGUGCUCUGUCCUUCUGGCCAUCAUCCAACGUCUCGAGAAAGAAGUUGCACCCCAAGGCGACCGUAUCAUGGCCGUUCUCCUCCAAAUUCUCGGAACUGCCGGUCCAAAGUCGAGCGUACCCGACGCGGUAUUCGCCACUGUUAGCAGUUUGGCCAACGCUUUAGAGGAUGAUUUUGCCAAGUACAUGGAACACUUCUCGCCCUACCUGUACAAUGCCCUUGGCAACCAGGAGGAGCCUGCUCUCUGCUCGAUGGCUAUUGGCCUUGUCAGCGAUAUCACUCGGUCGAUGGGCCCUCCCUGUCAGCCAUAUUGCGAUACAUUUAUGAACUAUCUAUUGAACAAUCUGAGAAGUACAGCGCUUGCCAACCAGUUCAAACCCGCGAUCCUUCAGUGCUUUGGAGAUAUCGCAGGAGCUAUCGGAGGCCAUUUUGAGACCUACCUCUCUGUUGUUGCGCAGGUUCUUCAGCAAGCCGCCGGAGUGCAAGCCAGUCCCGACGGAUCGUAUGAGAUGUUCGACUAUGUCAUUUCGCUGCGUGAGGGUAUCAUGGAUGCCUGGGGCGGAAUCAUUGGCUCCAUGAAGUCUGGUGAAAAGACCGCAUUGCUCCAACCAUACGUCGAGUCGAUCUUCCAUCUUCUCAACAUUGUGUACUUGGACUCGAACAGAAGCGAUGCGCUUAUGAGAUCUUCCAUGGGUGUUAUUGGUGAUCUCGCUGAUGCUUUCCCUGAGGGCGAAUUCUCCAACUUCUACCGCGCCGAGUGGCUCACUCAAAUGAUCAAGGAGACCCGCCAAAACCGCGACUUCCAAGCCAGAACAAUGGACACAGCUCGCUGGGCUCGGGAACAAGUGAAGCGUCAAAUCGGAGGCUCCCAAGGUAUCCAACAGACCUGA